CUCCGACAACCACUACCACCAUUCUCGUCGGCUCUUCUCGUAUCUAAGCGUCCGACUUUCAUUUCAUCAGCCCGUUUCAAGUGGCGCACUCUCAGCAUCUCCGUUGUGUCGUCAGUUUCAGUGUCGCGAAAUUCAUUUUCACAAUGGUCAUGAUGCAUGCGGAUCACUUCGACGUGGACUCGCCACCUCCUAUCACAGAUGGGCCCAUCAUCUUGAGCUUUCAAGAAAACCUUGGUAGCGAAGACGAAGCCGAAGAUGACCAACCGCCUGGGGAAAAGAAUGACGAUGAAUGGUAUGGGCGAUCCCUCCAUGACAGGUGGACACUCACCUUGAAAGGCCUACUCGACAAGGAUUUGCAAUGGGAUAAUGAUACCGAUCCUGGUGACGAGCUGGACUCGGAUACUGGAGCCCGGGUCCUUGGUCCGAGAGAGCGAGAAUCUCUCGCAGAAAUCGACGACGGCAACAUGGCCUUCCUUACGGUGCUCCACCACCUAGCUGCCAACUUCAGAAACGACAACUUCAACAGCCUGCCAGAAAGAACGAAAGUUAAAAUUGUGGGAUAUCUUCUCCAUAAGCACCAGGAGCGAAAGGCCAGGUUGCAGGAAUCUCUCGACUCGCCCGAGGACCCGGUGCUUACCAGAGCCUUUGCUAACCAAAAUGACGAGUUCAUCCGCUUCGUCAUCAAGAACUUCUCAAGUCAUAUCCCUCAUCUUGUCAGCGAAAAGGACAUUAAUGGAGCAAACUGCUUCCAUUACGUCUUCAAGAAACACAUUCCAGAGGCCGUGGACGCCUACAUCAGUUCCCACCAGCAGACGCAACGCAAGAAGACCAAAACGCACAAACCUAUUACGCUGGACCUCACCAAGACUCUGCACUACCUCACUUUUCUCAUCCCUUCUGCCAAACCUGAGUGCAUCGUUGCCGGCGAUGGGGACGGCAAUACACCCAUGCAUUACGCAAUGUCGUAUAGAGUCGCACGCAUGCCGACCGACCAGUACAGGAAAGUGGUUCUGGAGCAGCUCAUCGAGCUCGGCGAUCAGUGGGAGGACCCGUCGAGUCAGUUCAACAACGCUGGUCAGUCGCCCUACCUCUACUUUGAGCGCACCAAACGUGAAUUCAUCGCGCAGAAUGCACGACUACGCGCCCAGAAGUCCACACGGCCAAAAACCACUCCCUCAAUGACCACGCGCCCUGGAAGAGAAGAAAAGAGCAAAGGACACCCCAUACAUGAGCCAUCAAUACAAGCGGUGGCCAGAUCCAAGGAUGAGUCCUCAUCAUACAUGAGCAACGUGCUCACCAAGGAGGCACAGACAAAGAGGUCUCAAAGGGAAAGCCAUAUAGACAUGAAAACAGUUUUGCCAUCUCGGACAAUGUUGUCGUCCUUGCAGCUAGAAAUUAGCAAAGACACCAUGCGGAAAGACUCUCAGAUUUCAAAAGCUCGAGCUGAUAUGGGCCAGACACCAAUUACCGGGCUGGCCAGGAGGGACACAGGCCAUAACGCACAAGGCAACGAAAACCUGUCACCAAAAGCUUCUUCACCUGUUGUAGAAGUCAUGACUUCCAGUUCAGUUGUUCCCGGCCCGGCACGCGCUGCAAGCCCGCACACUGGCAGAGAUCCAAUGUCAAUCGAAUCACAGGCCCAGGGCAGGCAGGCUCCUUUACCUAGGAUAUCGAAACAUCGAGUUGAUACCACAAAAGAAGAGGCCAGCAUGAAAAAGCCUGAAGAAAUCAAGGAAGACUAUGACAUCUGCACUGAUAAUGCGGAGGCUGUACGUCAUCAGCUGAAGCUGCACUACAUUCGUAAGAAAUCAGAUUUGGAGGCAAAGGAGCUCCUAUAUGGCAGGGUAGCGUCUGACAGAAAUUUGUACUUCGAUGCGACGAAUUUGAAAAGAAAGACGCCCAAGGAACUCACAGACCUCAUCUCCAUGCUCGCAAGCCCUGGUGGAUUUGAAGACACAUUGUCAUACGUCAGCCUGCCUGUCCUCGCUUACGCCGCGGACACCUCAGACAUCAGCUCGGCCCAAGCCUCUGGAUCUUACGAAGCCAACCAGAGGCGCCAGCGCGGAUCGAAUUCACAGGAGAAGAGAACCAUGGGUCGGAGCUCUGCAGUUGCCGUGCUUGACAAAUUGGCCGAGUGUGGCGUGCGGAAGAUUAUCCGACUUACUGUGGAGGAGGACUUUGAGUCGCCACCGCAUACUGACGCUGCUAUCGAGAGGGCUGUACGCGGGGUAGAUUCAUUGAUUUCCGGGAACAAGAGAACUCAUCCCCGCAUCGAGGUGGAAACUUGGGACUGGAGGAAGUUUGACCUCAGCCCCGAUGUUAUCAGGUUUGCUUGGCCAAGAGUUUCCGAGGUCAAUUUAUACUGGAGCGGCAAUCAGACAGUGCUAAGAGGCUGGGCCAGCGAAAGUGGAAUCCCUCGCCUCUUUGCGGAGUCGGAAAGGUGUCUGAAAAAAGUAACCAUUUAUUGGUCUCCAGGCUUCGAGACUGUACGGAGGUGUGAGUCCUUGCUUGAAGAAUUAAAGACGCAAGUCGAGAAGCGAACCAAGGAAUCCGUCGACAGCAGAACACAACCAGGGGUUACGGUUGAUCACAGAAGGCUUGCGACAGGCAAAACUUCCAACACUGGAGUGGAGAACUAUUUGGGGCCACACGUGUCUGGUAACUUGAGCACGCCUCCGGAGCACGGUUGGAUUGAAGCAAUGCAGAAAUUUAGAGAGGCCAUCAUGACCCUGCACGGAACAUUUCAGAAUAACCAGGUCCCGGACAGAGUCAAGGUCGCGCUUAUCGAUGACGGCGUAGACCUCGCUGGCCUAAAUAUGUACGCGAAUCGAGUCGAGGUCAGUGGGAUGAGCUACUGUACUAGGGGGACCUCGUCCCAUAACCCUUCCUGGUAUCAGUCCAGUAACAGACACGGAACCAUCAUGGCCAACUCGAUCACUCGCCUUAACCCAUGGGUCUUGCUCUAUGCCAUGCGCAUUCAGGAUGACAUACAUGUCGGGCCUCGAAACGAGCUGACCUUGCGAAUCCACGCGGCCAGUGCGGCAAGGGCUAUAGAGGACGCCAUCAUCUUAAAGGUCGAUAUCAUUUCCAUCUCCUGGACAAUCCGUGACCUCGCUGCCUCCGACCAGAGGCCACUCCAUGACCAAGAAGCAGACGCCAUCGAGUCACUCAAGGCCGCUAUCAGCAGCGCCAAGGAGAAAGGAAUCCUCAUAUUCUGCUCGGCCUCGGAUGACAUCAAGAAGAAAGGCGUCGACACCCUUCCCUACAGCCAGGCAAGGGAUCACAUCUUCCGUAUCGGUGCGGCGGAUGCCUUUGGGUGGAGCGACAAGGCGACGGAGGAUCAGCGCACAAUCGACUACUUCCUGCCCGGGAACCAGGUGGCCGACGACGUGAACCCGAGGCUAUUACUCAAGGAGGAGCUCAAGUACCGCGACGGGUCGUCCGUGGCCACGGCACUCGCGGCUGGGCUUGCGUCGUUAAUGCUCUACAUCGUCAACGUGAUGAAGAUCUACUAUACUAGUAGCAAGCAACCCCAGAAUCUAGCAAAGAUAACUCGCUAUGGCAACCAGCUGCGGAAGCGGGAUGGUAUGAAGAAGGCCUUCGACAAUAUUAUCACCGACGACAACUACAAGGACAAGAGGUUCCUUCCAGUAUGGGAUCUCUUCGGGUCAAGGGCCAAGGACAUACUGGACAAGACAAAAGACAUUGGCACAAAGUGGGACCUGCUGGAUGAGCUAUGUACAUUGCUAGCAGCAUGAGAAAGACCAUUUUAUACUUUAUAAAUACGCAUUUGAAAUCAGAUGGGAGAAA